AUGAAGCGUGAUAUUAUUGAGUUCGUUUAUCAGUGUUUGAAUUGCCAGCAGGUUAAGUAUGAGCACCAAAGAUCGGAUGGUAUGCUUCAGAGGAUGUCCAUUCCUGAGCGGAAGUGGGAGAGGAUAGUUAUGGAUUUUGUUGUUGGUCUUCUGAAGACCUUAGUUCAGAUGACCUACAAUGCAGAGAUGUUAGUCAAGGUCUAUAUCCGUGAGAUUAUUCGAUUGCAUGGGGUGCCCAUUUCCAUUAUCUCCGACAGAGGCACUCAGUUCAUGUCCCAUUUUUGGAGGACUUUGCAAGCCGAGAUGGGGACUCAGUUGGAUCUCAGUACAGCCUUUCACCCUCAGACAGACGAGUUUUCGUACAACAACAGCUAUCAUUCGAGUAUCGACAUGACUCCAUUUGAGGCUUUAUAUAGGAGGAGAUGUCGAUCUCCGAUUGGCUGGUUUGAUGCUUCUGAGGUUCUGCUGAAGGUUUCGCCCAUGAAGGGAGUGAUGAGAUUUGGGAAGAAGGGCAAGCUUAGCCUUAGGUUCAUUGGUCUAUUUGAGAUCCUUCGUUCUGUGGGAGAGAUAGCUUAUGAGUUGGCAUUACCUCUAGGUUCGUCGGGUGUUCACUCGGUGUUUCAUGUGCUCAUACUAAAGAAAUAUAAUUUGGAUGGGUCUUAUAUCAUUCAGUGGGAUUCAGUUCUAUUUGAUCAGAAUUUGGCUGAUGCAGAAGAGCCGAUAGCCAUCUUGGAUAGAGAGGUUCGAAAGUUGAGGUCAAAUGAAAUAGCUUCGAUGAAGGUUCAGUGGAAGCACUGUCCAGUUGAGGAGGCUACUUAG